UCACUGUGACGCCUUCUCGCUCUCAGAUCCGCCAUGUGGCUCCGAGGUGGCUAAACGGAAUGAAUGCAGUUAGCGCCGUCAGCCAGACCAACUCGCCUCCGAGGUCCUUCCCGCCUUCUAAGGUUGCCGGGACUGCCUGCCCUCCAGCCGCUUCCUCCACCAGAUUUUCAGCUACUGAUGUUACAAACAAAAUAUUGGAACAUAGAGUUGAGGAAAAGACUUAAACCAGUUAAAAAUAUGGAUCCUGAAGCAGAGGGACCACCAAUUAUCAAAGUGACUCCUCUUCAACAAAUGCUUGCCUCUUGUACUGGAGCUAUACUGACAUCACUGAUGGUGACACCCUUUGAUGUUGUUAAAAUUCGACUCCAAGCCCAAAACAACCCAUUCCCCAAAGGAAAAUGUUUUCUAUAUAGUAAUGGACUUAUGGAUCAUCUAUGUGUCUGUGAAGAGGAAGGCAGCAAAGCAUGGUAUAAGAAGCCAGGACGUUUCCAGGGAACAUUGGAUGCCUUUUUGAAAAUCAUUCGAAAUGAGGGAAUUAAGUCCCUGUGGAGUGGCCUUCCUCCUACCUUAGUGAUGGCAGUUCCUGCCACAGUUAUUUAUUUUACCUGCUAUGACCAAUUAACUGCUCUUCUGAGAUCUAAAUUAGGAGAAAAUGAAAGCCGCAUACCAAUUGUUGCUGGAAUUCUGGCCAGAGUUGGUGCAGUAACUGUAAUAAGUCCACUGGAAUUGAUUAGAACCAAGAUGCAGUCUAAGAAGUUUUCUUACGAGGAACUGCAUCAACUUGUCAGCAAGAAAGUGUCUGAAGAUGGCUGGAUUUCCCUCUGGAGGGGCUGGGCUCCUACCGUUCUUAGAGAUGUACCAUUCUCAGCAAUGUACUGGUAUAACUAUGAAGUUUUAAAGAAGUGGUUGUGUGCAAAAUCUGGUUUAUAUGAACCAACAUUUAUGAUCAACUUUACUUCAGGGGCAUUAUCUGGUUCUUUUGCAGCUGUUGUAACUUUGCCAUUUGAUGUGGUGAAAACACAAAAGCAGACACAACUUUGGAUAUAUGAAAGUCGGAAAAUUUCUAUGCCUUUGCAAAUGUCAACAUGGGCUAUAAUGAAGAACAUUGUUGCUAAGAAUGGAUUUUCCGGAUUAUUUACAGGCCUAAUUCCUCGUUUAAUUAAAAUUGCUCCUGCUUGUGCUGUUAUGAUCAGUACAUAUGAAUUUGGAAAGUCUUUUUUCCAGAAACAAAAUGCUCGAAGACAGCAAUACUAGAGAUGCUAUUUCAACCUGAAAUAACCACCAUGACCAAAUAAUAAGAUGGAGAAUCUUAGACAAGAGCUUUUUUUCACCAUUAUCUUACAAUGGUUUUUUAUCUUUCUUAUCUAUAAUUUAAAUGAAUAGUAAAUUUCUACUUUGCAUUUAAAUCAUAAUCCUAAUUUUUAAAUAAAUUUUUUAUCCUAAGUUUUGAGAUUUUGAAAAAGAUAUUCCAGAAAUCAUCACCAUUGAGCAUUCUUAUAAAGAAAAGAAGAAUUAUUCUACACUGAAAGCAAUAAUCUCAGAGUUUGAUAACAAAUCUCGGUGUAAGUUAAUCCUAUUGAGAGUGUGUCAGAGACAACAGAACAUUUUGAAUUGUGUGCUGAAUGAUGUACAGAGUCUAAAAGAAAAAUUCGCAAAUCGUUUAUACACAUUUAAAUCACGGGCAUAGAUAUUUAAGUAUUUCAGCAAAGUAGAUAAUGGAAGGCAGUCUUUAGAUAACAUUAUUCACAUAUACCACAUAUUACCUAUUAGUUAUUUUCUUUAAUUCACAUGCAUUUGGUAUUUUGUUUUUUUACCUUGUUACUGUUCUAAGGCCUCAUGAAUAUUAGGAUUUUUCUGAUCAGAGGUGUAUGGUUAUUUUAUCUUCAUGAACCAAAAAUAAUUUGUAUGAUAUUGAUGCUGCUAUUUUUGAUGACUAAAGACCCUGUGUUAUCUACUGUCUCUGCAAGAGAGAGGGAGCUUUUACUGCCUGUAUCAGAUGUUCACUUCAGUCAAACUUGGGUGUGCAGUGGAAAACCACAUUGUAUUCAGACCAGUAAAAAUGCUGUUUCAGCACAGGAAGGGCCUCUGGUUUCAGCUGUCCUGUAAUGUAAGUAUCACCAUUUGUGGAGUUCUCUAGGUCAUUUCUAUUGGCUUGUUCUAACAAAAUUGAGACUACUACAAUAUCAGUCACAGAAUAUUUCCAAAAUGUCCCUUGAUUUUACACAUCUCACAUUAGUAUGCUAGACCAAGAACUGAACAGGCAGCAGUUUCCUUGAAGAAAGAGCUUUUGGUCACUGGAGGCUAAUGCCUAAAUAAUUUAGUUAAUGAAUGUAGGAAUGAAAUAAAAAGGAUAUGAUUUCAAGACAAACAAUAUUUUUUUAAUAUUUUUGUUUUUCUCAAGAUCUGUAUCCUGUGAGAAAAAGCACUUUAUUGCAGUCUAUGUGAAUUUUAUGAAAAUGUGAAGCAUAUUUUUCCCUAAAAUAGAGUAAUAUAUUUAAGUGACAAAUCUCUAGUGUUGGAAGAGGAAUUAAUGUAUUUUCUAAUAUAGUAGAAAACUGUUUAUGUUUCACCAGAAAUAAACUCUGUAGGGUUUGUAUUUAACCUUUUGUGUUUAUUUUAUCGUCUGUUGAUUUACUUUAAGUUUGCAACAUAUAUAUCCAUAAAAAUGUAAAUAUUUAUAACUUUGACUUAUAUUUUCAUUAAAAUAUUUUGUGCUUUCUUAAAAUAUCACUGUGCUUCUAGCUAAAUAUUUUCAUAUAAAAUCAUUAUGUUAAUGCUAUACUACACACAUAUGUAUAUAAAACACACACACAUGAAAGUUUAUCUUGAACACUGAUGUUUAACAGUAUUAAAUUUAAAUUUACCUUGGUUCUGCUAUGCUUCUUUUUGAUAACUGGUAGAAAAAGGCAAAAAAAUUUAGGUUUUGAAAUGCUCUCAAAAAGCGGUCACAUAUUUCAACUUAAUGUCACUUAAUAAACAACGGAAGGGAAAUCUUCAUCCUGCCCCCACCCCACUACGGACUGCACUUGUGAAAAAUGCUUACUUUAUGACUAGAAUAACUUAAAUAAAUCUAAUGCCCUACAGUUUUUCUAACAUACAUUACAUGCAAUGUAUCUGAAUGAAAAGAAGGCUGAACUGAAGCUUUCUCUAUACUUAAGUGGUCCAGAAGCAUUAAUAGUAGCAACUGAAAAGCAUUUGGUUACAAAUUGUGUUCUUGGUAAUGUUUCUGAAAGGAAACAGUUUCAUUCUGUUAAUGUUAAUUUCUAACAUACACAUUUAAAUUUUUUAAGAAAAAUGUCUUAUGCAAGUAUUACAUGUUUGCUACCUUUCAUAUAAUACACGUUUGACUUUUAAAAAAAGUAAUAUGGAAUUAAAGUAAAAUUUUCUUUAUUUCUAGGAAGACUAUUCACUAUGCUUAUUUAGCCACAUUUGACUACUUUAAAUCCUAACCUCUUUUUUUCUGGGGCACAAAUUACAGGGAUGUGGAAAAGUUUAGUGUAUCACUUUAAAAUUUUUUUCCAAAAUGAACUUUUAAAAAUAAAUUACUGCUGUUAUAUUUUAAUCUAUCAUUCAACACUUACUGAGACCUUUUAUGUGGUAGGCAGUAUAAAAAGCACUGGAGAUAAGAUGACAUUUCAAAUACUCUCACUGGCCUUCAGGUUUCAGCUGUGAUUGCUACAAGUAUGCAAAAGGAGUGAUGGAAAAGCUGAAGAAUUCUCCCCUCAGCCUGUGGCGGAGGGACUAGUCAGGAAAUGCUUCUAAGAUUAGGACAUGCGAUCCAAUUAAACGUACCUGGAGGUUGGGAGUCUUCAAUCAGGCAGUGGUAUUUAGCGCCAGUGGCUUGAGCAGAGAGUAUACAUGGCCAUGUGGUAGGAGAUAAGAUUGGAAAUGGAGUCCAAGGGGCCUUGUCUGCCAAAGGAGGAACAAGAAGCAAGAGGGAGCCAAGUAAGUAUUUUUGGCACAGCUUUAAAAGUUAGAGUUGUGUUCUGUUUUGUUUUUCCCCCAAGACCAGUAUUUUCCUUUAACUGAAAGAAAAUAGGAUAGCACAGUUUAGCACAGCAUAGAAUAGAAAACACCGGGAUGGGUCACGUGUUAAGGCCAAGUGCUGUGUAGUGAAACUUUGGUUUUAGUUGGGUUUUAGAAAAAUAACUGGCAGUAUGAAAAAGGGGACUUAUAAUAAGGUGAUCUAUUUAAAAACAAAAGUUUUGGUUUGGAUUAAAAUAUAUUUUUAAAAGGUACCACUGUGACAUUGGUAUAAUUUUACCUUCUCUCUCCUAUCAGUGAAGUAAAACAAAUGCUAAAGCAAAAUACAAGGUGCUUUGCUUACAGAAGAGCAAAGUGGAUUAGUUUAAAAAAAAAUAAGGAGCCCUGAUGUUCAAAGCAGUCAUGUGACAUUUCCAAGGUAAUCCAAUGUAUUAGUUUAUCAAAACUAGAAAUUGUAACCAACAAUAGGAAAUUUAACAAAGAAUUUACAUAAGUUGUAAAUUUGAGAAACAUUUUUAACCACUUGAAAACUUGUAUGUAAAUCUAAUAAAGAUGACUUAAAUAAAAACCAGCUGAGUCUACUUGCAUUUUUAAGGUUUCUGUCAAUCAUAAUAGUAGUCUGUAUUUGGUACUUACCACUUACGAACUUAUAUAUAUGAUGUUAUUUAAUGUUGACAUCCUGAUGCCAU